CCCUCAUCAUUCACUUCAUUCUUAACUGGAAUGUACCGAGAAUUAUUUUUAUUCAUUAUUCAGCGAGCGAAGUCUUGUCACCAGUCAAUCGUGAGAGUUUCAUGAGUCGGUUUAGUGGUUAAUGUAACUAGGGUACUCAAGAUAAAAGAUCAAAGUAUCCAACAAAGAUGGCGCCAACUCUUUACAUGAUCCCUCCUAGUCCUCCUGUCAGAUCUGUCAAUAUGUGUGCCAAGGCUAUAGGGGUAGACCUGAAUUACAUAAACGUCGAUUUGUUCACGGGAGAUCAUCUCAAGCCGGAAUUUCUCAAGAUUAAUCCUCAACACACAGUUCCAGUUCUUGAUGAUGACGGUUUCAUUUUGGCUGAUAGUCAUGCCAUCAUGUCAUAUCUGGUGUCAAAAUAUGGCAAGGAUAAAUCUCUCUACCCCACUGAUUUACAACAAAGGGCCAUAGUAGACCAUCGUUUGCAUUUUGAUAGUAGCAUUCUUUUCAACAGGGGACUCGUAAUUGGAAAAAGCCUGAUUUUUGAAGGAGCCAAAGAAAUUCCUCAGAAGCUUCUGGACCAGUUGACUGAAGCUGUUCAUAUGGUGGAGAAAUUCCUUGAGAAGACCGAGUUUGUAGCUGGAAAUCAGAUGACCAUUGCAGACUUCAGCUUUGUGACCAGCAUCACCUCUUGGACACCAUUUGUGCCUCUCACAGAAGCUGAAUUUCCGAAGAUUAUGGCUUGGUUGAAGAAAAUGGAGCAGUUGCCAUACUACAGUGAGAAUCAAAUUGGGUUGGAUCAAUUACUGAAGGUUUUGAAAACAAAGAUGCCCAAAUGAACAUGUACUCUAUAAUCUGCAUCAAUGGAAACAACUAAAAUCCCUCGAUAUGUUAUUAUAACUUUAUACCUCU